AUAUUUGUCACACCUCUUUGUUAAAGCUCUGGUCUGGUCUGGCAGGCAGCCAGUAAGUCGUGCCGCUCGGUGCUGGGAUGAGUCUAUGAGUUCACCUACCUGCACCCAACCUGGCAGAAUGAACGCCCACUGGUGGAACUGCAUGUUGGGAUUGCUCUGCAUGCCUGGGGGGGUGAUGCUCUCCAACUGGGCAGUUUCUCAAACCCCCCCUGCCAUCUCCCUGACGAGCCUCAACUUGUCUGCUGAGAUCUCAUGCUCCACAUCAAGGCCUGACCCGACAGGGCUACGCCUGACGGGACACUUCCAUGGUCACAGGGAAAUUGUGUAUGUGCACUUUAAAAAGAACGGUGACAAGAAGACCCUACAUCCAGACUUUAUGCACAGAGUCGAUGUGGUUCAAGACCCAGAGACCGGGCCGGGCACUGGCUUCACCUUGCGGCUGUCCCUCCUGGGGCUGCAGGACACAGAUAUGUACCACUGCACCUGGACAUACUUCAAUGAGAUGACAUUAUCGCUGGAAACGCUUCCAAGCAACGGCACCAUCAUAAUUGUCAGAGAGAGGGAUCCCUAUGAGCAAUGUAAUGGUGAUGCUGUGCAUCUCAUCUUGAUCGUCCUGAGCCUGUCAGCUUUCGCUGUUAUACUGUCCCUCUUCAUUGGAGCACUGAUAUUCAAAUGCACAAGAUUUAAGAAACACUACAGACCCGCAGGAGCCACAUCGAGAUCAAAGCCCAGCAGGCGUCCUCUGCCUGCCCUGCCACCUCACAGAAGUGAACAGCUUCACUACGCAAGUACUUCUUCAGACAGCUUUGACUUCAGAGGCAUCCUGUGAGGAAGCUAUCAGUGCUAUGAUUAAUGACUAAUGGCGUGUAUGUCAGAAGUGACAUUUGAGUCAGAAGCUUUCCUUGAACUACAGAUGCAAUCGACACAAGAAAAGUUUCUCACAUCUGCUUCCUCGGCCAGGGCGUCGCUUCCUUUUGUUCACAAACUUGUGUUUUGUGAGCAGAAAUGUCACACGACUACCACAUCCUGGGUGAUCUGUGGUGAAAAUGUACGGAUUGUGUGCAUGUAAAAAGUGUUACAGAGGCUAAAGUGCAUAGCAAGCAGACUUGCAAAGGCCUUUGUGACACAGUGUAUUAUGCUUGACCUACUCAGUUUUGCAGUGUGCUUGUUUUUCCUCUGUAAUCAUUGUACUAAAGUUCAGUCCAGACUGUAAGUGUGGAUUCAAUAAAAGAUUCUUUUAGAAAGAUCUCAAGUAA